CUGUGCGUUCUGACAGGUCUUCAGAGUUACGCCGUUACUAUUGGUCCAGUUGCUGACCUAGUCAUCGCAAAUGCUCAAGUAUCUCCCGACGGAUUUAUCAAGUCGGCGGUUCUUGCUAGCGGCACUCUCCCCGGGCCUAUCAUUACGGGUCAGAAAGGAGACACAUUCAAAAUCAACGUCAUCAAUCACUUGAAUGACGAAACAAUGCUCACAAGUACCAGCAUCCACUGGCAUGGACUAUUCCAACGCCAUAGUAACCAAAUGGACGGCGCAGCAUUUGUGACGCAAUGCCCGAUCUCUCCUGGUCAUUCUUUUCUGUACGAGUUCAAUGCCGGCGAACAAGUAGGGACCUACUGGUAUCACUCUCAUUAUGGAGUCCAAUACUGUGACGGUUUACGAGGUGCACUGAUCAUCUAUGACCCACAAGAUCCGUACCGCUUCCUGUACGAUAUUGAUGAUGAGUCUACGGUCAUCACGCUGAUGGACUGGUACCACGUACCAUCACCUCAAGUCCAGAGACAGGUGGUUCCAGACUCGGUGCUUAUCAACGGUGUCGGAAGUUAUCCAGGAGGGCCAGAUACGCCUUACGCCAUCAUCAACGUUCAACCAUACAAGCGAUAUCGAUUCCGCUUACUGAACAUGGCGUGCAAGCCCAACUAUGUUUUCUCGAUCGAUGACCAUAAGCUUAUCAUAAUCGAAGCUGAUGGUCAAUACGUCGAACCGCUCGUAGUCGACUCUAUCCAGAUUUACGCCGCACAGAGGUACUCCUUCAUUCUUGAAACAAACCGGCCUGUCGACAACUAUUGGGUGCAUGCGGUCCCAAACUUAGGUAUAAGCUCCAUGGCCAUCUUGCGAUAUGCAGGCUCUCCCGAUGCAGACCCUGAGAUCAGGCUAACUCCAAACCCGGUCGCUCUACAAGAGCCUGACUUACACCCGCUGUAUCCAUCUCUGCCUAUGCUGCUUCAAGAAGACGGCGCAGCCAUCAAGCUGACUAUCGUUCUUGCACAAAAUGAGACCAAUUUCAACUUCCUUGUCAACGGCGUGCAGUACACUUCUCCUACUAUCCCUGUCCUACUACAGUUGCUGAACGGCGAUGUGUCGACUUCUGAAAUGGCUCCCAAUGGUUCCAUAUAUUUUCUACCAAGGAACAGGGUUAUCGAGAUUUCAUGGAUUCCUGAUUUAGCCCCAGGUCGACCUCAUCCAUUUCACCUGCACGGGCACAAAUUCGCUGUCAUCAGAAGUGCGGGCAGUAGCAGAUACAACUACAUCAACCCCGUAUUGCGCGAUACAGUGAACACCGGCUUUCUCGGUGACUACGUGACCAUCCGGUUCAUCACUGAUAAUCCUGGGCCGUGGCUGUUGCACUGUCAUAUCGAUUGGCAUCUAUAUUCCGGGAUGGCUUUGGUGUUUGCGGAGGCUUCUCAAGAUGUAGCGGCUUCGCAGCCUCUCAAUUCUUCGAAGCAGCUGUGUCCGAUAUAUUAUAGCCUUCCUCAACAAAAUUUCUCU